GAAAAGUUGAAAUAAUUUUAGGUCAAAUUCAAAACAUAAAGAACACCAAAAUGGCUGGCCAAUCUUUCUCUUUUGUUGCUAGAAACACAACCAAUCUUAAGGUUUUUCAGACAAUUGCUCGAAGAUAUAUUCAAUCUGGAUCCGGCUCGACCUCUUAAGAUGCAGUAAACGCAGCGAAACGAAGUCUCAACGAGGCAAUGAGGACCGGUGAAAACUUAAAAAAAUAGGCUGCCUCCACCGCUGAUCACGUUGCCGAUAGUACAAAGGAAUCAGCGCACAACGUGGCUGAUAAAGCAAAGAAAGCGGCGCAAGGAACUUGGGAAUCAGCUAAGGAAACGGCCCAAAAGACUAAGGAAAGUGUCAAAGAGACCGCAAAACGCAGCAUGAACACCAAGAACAACUCCUAAUUUAACUAAUUUAAUUGUUAUAGCCUACUUAAUUAAAGGACUAACAAUUCAGGGAAUGAUAACAUAUAAUUCCCAUUAAUAUUGAUGAUGAUCAACCCCUACUAGCUAGCUAGGUAUUUAUUAUACUAAGCAUCAUAACUUUAAUUUUUAUUUUCCUUAAAUCAUCUUCUCUAGCUAGCUAUUAGCUAGUAUGAGGUUAGUAAUAGUGUAUACCUAAGCUAAAAAACAUGAGAGAGAGAAAGAAACUUAGAGAGAGAAAGAGAAAAAAGAAAAAAAAGCCAUAUGAGAUUCCAAAGAACAAAACGUACCCUAGCCCCCUACACCUCGGUUCAUCCGCCUCCUUCCCCUCUCCUUCGCAUCCAUUGUUGAACCUUGAUUUUGUUCGAUUUGCUCUCCAAAUCCAAAACCAGAAAAGCUCCUCUAGUUUACAGGGUAAUUAUUACCCUACUUCCUACAUUAAUGCCUUUUUAAUUAAGAUUAAUGAAGAGAUUUUUUCAGUCUCUUUUUCUCCACCUUUGGAUCUUAAUCUGAGGGUUGAGAUUUUCGUCUUGGGCGGCGGCCUUGGUUUCUCCGUCUGUAAUUAUGAGGGAAAUCCACUUUCAAUGGAUUUAAUCUUAAUUGAGAAUCCUUGCUACUCCAUCUUGCCCAAUCCUUUGUUUGGUUUGUCUUGGUUGACGAGUUCGGCGGCCUUUGCUUGCUUGAGUUGCUCUAAUCCUUCGAAAUUCUCAGGGAAGUACCUAUUUUUAGCUAAUUAUUAUCUUGGAAAUUGUCAUAUUCGUUUUAUCGUUUCUGAUCUGGUGUUUUCUUGCUCUGUUCGUAUUCAUGAUGCCUUUGGUUUUGGUUUUUGGUUUAAUGUGUGUUAUUUAUCUCACCUUGAUGCUCACGUUUCUCUUAAUCUCCUGUAUAAUCGCCCCUUAAUUGCCUGUUCUACCCUCAGAUCUAAUAUUGAUUAUGGAUUAUUGUUAAUUGGUAUUAAUAUUAUCUACUUUCUCAUUAACUAUGUGUUUUUUUGCCAUGGGAUUCUGAUUUUUGUGGUUAAUAAGAUGUCUCUUAAUAUGUCUUUCUGUAUGGUCUCAGUAAUUACCUUGGUUGUUUUUCCCCGCCCUUUUUUAAAUCACCACCACUAUAAAUAUGAACCUCAAUUGCACUGUUGUGAUCACACCAUCACACUCUCACAUCUCCUUCUCCUACACUCUCACUAUAAUCACAACUACCUGUUAAUUUCAUUCAUGUCUGAUAAUCUUUCAACCUCCAACUAUGCCUCACUUUUCAAGACAAACAAUCCUACAGUUUCCUCUCAACCUCAAUCUGCCUGUCUUCUUGGUAGUUCAGUUAACACCAUCCCCAACACCUUCUCCCACUCGGACUCAGAGUCUGUGGGAAGUCACAAUUAUAUUGAUGCUCCCAAUUCCCCACCUUCGCACACUUCACACACUGUCCCUGCAGAGAUUCACAGUGAAUCUCUCGCUGUAAUCUCCCUCAAUGCCCCUCGUCUUGCUGAUGAUGAGGUCUCUCUUAUGGAAAAGUCUUGUUUAUUUGGGAAAGCUUGGGGGGAGUUCAUUCCUCAAGCUGCUAUUCUAGCUAGACUUAACAAAGACUGGAAUAACACUAAGGGUGAGAUUAAAUUCAGAUAUUUGGGCAAUGGGUGGUUCUUAAUUCAGUUUGAUAACCCUCUCACUAAGCUUGAUGUUUGGAAUGGUCGACCUUGGUUUGUCCAAGGUCUGAACUUUGUGUUGAUGCCUUGGUAUCCAGGGUUUAGAGCUCAGUUUUGUCGCAUUACUAGUGUGGAUCAAUGGAUUAAGAUUCCAUUUUUACCUACUGAAUAUUGGGCUUGGAGGUAUCUUAACCAAAUUGUGUCUUGUAUUGGUCACCCCAUCAGACUUGACCGCUUUACCCAACAAAAUGUUGAAAAAGGGCAAUUUGCUCGUGUUUGUGUUAAUCUCAAUAUCACCAAACCUGUUCCACGAUCAAUCACUCUUAACUUUGGCUCUCAUUGUCAAGAGUAUUUCUUAUCUUACGAGGGAGUGUGGGAAGUGUGUCCGCUUUGCGGAGAUCCUAAACACACAAUGAACUCAUGCCCAAACAAGCCCCCUCCUUGCCUUGAAUUAGUUGUUGCAAAGCUGGAUUCUGCUUCUCUCUCUGCUCCAACCCACACUGAUAAGGCAACCUCAUCUGAUUGGUGUACUGUCCUUCCUAAGAGGAGAGCCAAACCUCGUAUUUUUGUUAAGGGCAACCGCUCUAGGUUUCACCCUUAUGUCCCCCCAGUUACUGUCAAACCUACUGAUACGAAUUUGGUUGUUGCUGGUGAGCCCAUUCCUGUUGCCAAUCCCUUCACAAAGUUGGCUGAUUUUCAAGUCUCCACAGGGGAGACUGUGACUCUCAAACCACCUACUAUGACUACUGAAUUCUGUGGUGUCAUCAAUGACAUUGAUGCUACCAAUGUUGCUUCUGCUUCUUUGCCUAAUCCGGGCAAUGAUGACAUCCUUCCUGAUCUCACCUCUGAUGAUAUUAUGCUUGCCCCCGAAAGGCAUGAUGUUCCUCUUAAUAUGGUUGAUGAUGAUGAGAUGGAUAAUUGGGAGAAUCAUGAUGAUUUUCUCAAUCCUGGAACGCCCCCAAGGCUGCCUGAUCUUCAAAAGAGGAGAAAGAGAGACUCAUCUAGCCUCUCUCCACCCUCUUCUCCUAUCAAUUAA